CCCUUCCCCGUCACAGUGACAGUUCCGCUGCAAGUUAGCCUCAGACUUGGUCUUCCGAAGCUCGUACUCUGUGUUGUUCCUCCUCUAUUCUGGGAUGCCCAAGGCAACAUAUGGUGGAAGAGCAUAGCGACGCUGAUGACACGCAAAGAAUGGCCCGCCGCGCCAGGCAAGUGCCGCGAAUGCGGCCAAAUCGUCCGGUCGCUCGAACACCACUAUCGAUCUACUCAUCAGUCGUCGUGUCGCGUGGUUCUGGACGGCACUAUCCACGACGUCUUCCGCGAUCACGAAGUGGGCUUAUUUCGGUGUCUGCGAUGUGCGAAGCCUUUCCAGACCCCACGAAAGCUUCAGGACCACAUGCGAAGGGAUUCGUGUUCGCGCUCCCAGACCCCUCCGACUCGGAGUCAGCCUGUGCCUACAGGUUCGCCGGGGCGCAUCCGCAUCAAGAUGCGCAAGCCGGGGGUUGGGGACCCUGACUCACAAGACGCUAACAAACCAGAGCAUCGAAGAUCUGGCCCCACCAAGCGUCGACCAUCCCUAGUUCUGACCCUGCCUGGAAGGAAGCGCCCUAAGCUCGACGACACCAAUGACCCCGUUACGGACCCUGGCCGGCAACCAUCUCUCGUACGAGACGAAGCUGCAGAGCCUGUAUCCUCGACCGAGGAGCCACGGCCCCCGCCUACGCCUCCGGAUUCACAUCCCAUAUCUACGCCUUCGGAUUCACAGCCCGUACUACCUGCGCCUUCGGAUUCCCAGCUGGGACAUGAACCAUCGCGGUCGCCAUCUCUCCAUCCACCCUCCGAAUCAGAGCCGCAGGCUGCGAUUGGGCUCACUGCGCCCUCAGAGUCGCAGCCUAUCGAGCCAGAUGAUACAAUGAGGGAUCCACACGGAUCGACGACUCCAGAGCCUGAGGAAGAUAGACCCGGAGUUGAGGAGCCCGUGCUCGAUAACUCGGGUUCUCAGUCCGUAGGAUCUGCGCCAUCGCCAGAACCACACCCUAUAGUCGAGGCUUUCGACUCACAGGGAGUACGAGAAGAGUCACUGGAUCCACCGACCGCCGUACCUGCGUCAAUAGAGCAACAGCCUAUAUCCACGUCGUCAGAGUUGAUUGUCGCAUCCGGGCCCGUCGAAUCCGAGGAGCCACAAGCGUCGCCGGAUCCAGCGGCGGUACGUGCGGCCUGCGACUUGCAACCCGAAUCCAUGCCUUUGGAGUCGCUAGGUACGCCUGCGGAUGAUCCAGCGGUACCUGGACUCUCGGAGCGUGAGCCUGAGCCCUCGUCCGAAACCAUGGGUUCGCCGCCUCUUCCUGUGCCCUUGGAGCUUCCGGAGUCGGGAGCCACCUCUCCGCCCUUGGAUUUGCAGGCCCCGGAUCUAUCAUCCUCUUUUCCUGAACCAGAUCCGCAGACGCACACCGCAGACGACCCGCAAUCUCCACAUAUUGACGCGAGCGAGACAGGCAUGGACGUCGAUGCAGUACAGCUCGACGCUCUCGAGCUUCAGUAUCCUGAUGAUGAUGACGACGACAUCGCGAUGGCCGAUGUGCAGGAUGCUGAAGGAUCGAUCGAGGAAGCUGUCAACGGUGAUGUAUUCGCCGCGGCCGGCCCUCGACCUUGGCAAGCCGAGGCUGAUCCCGACGACAUCCGUACUGUCCACGAACCUCCAAUGGAUGGUCCAUAUCCUGCGUUCGUCGUAGCACCGGCAUCGCACCAUGCUAUUGACGAUGCUACGACACUGAGGAGGAACUCGACAUUCUGGCGUGCGCGGAGCCAGGGUGUGGCGACUGGGACAACCUGGAAGAAGAACUGCGCACGGAGAAGGGGUACGAUGCGUGGUGGUUGCGCGUAAAGAUCGGCCUGCGCAAGCGAGCGAAGAGGUGUGCUGAGAGGAACGGCAACGACAACGUUUGAUCUUCCGUUUUCGUAAUUAUCCAGUCUAACUAUCGUGCUGCAUCGUGUUGUAACAUCUGCUGUACUGCUUUCCUUUGCUCUCGUGCUUUCAAAUCUUGUAGUUGUAUGUGCAUCCGAGUCU